AAAUUGAAAAUAGUUAUUGCAAAUUUUAUCGAGCAAUGUCUCGAGAAAGUUCGUUUUCAUGUUUCUCAACGCAAUAUUUUGCAAUGAAGUUUUUACUUUUAAUAUCAUUCGCCUUGGCAGCGGUUUCUUCAACUCAAAGUACGAAUUUGAAUGAGACACUGCGUCAUGACGUCACAACUCUUCUGAACAAUACCAUCGCAAAAACUUUCCAAACAAUGGAUUCAGAUACGAUCGAAAAAUUUGUUCUCAGCAUGGAGACUCGAAAUUCGUUCACUUUCGAAACAUAUGCCAACUGUGAAUUAGGACCUUUUAAAAACGAGUUCUACUUCACAAAUAUCACUGUAACCCCAAUCAAGGUAGAAUCUGCCAACAUGCGACAUGAAUUUAAUCGCAAUAGAGUUAUCUUCUUCUUCCGCCACCUAUUCAUUGAAAUGAAGGGAUACUUGGGAGCAACCCCAGAUAUAGCUCAUGUGGGUUUCGCACGAUCUCUGGAUUUCGAAAACAUCUCCAUUUACGUAACAGCAGAACCACUAAAAGAUCUCACAAAGAACGAAUUUAAUCCGUACAUUGAGUUCAUACUCUACGAAGGUUACGAAUCUAAUUACACACAUUCGCCCUGGUUUCACGAAGACUUGGCAUUAGAUAUCCGACACGAUCUGGAAAGACGGAUCAAAUAUUUCUUACCAUCCUUAUUCGAGUUCAAUUUACAAAACAAUGAUAACUUCAGGCAAACACUACGAGUGCAUGCAAUGCUUUCUCGCUACGCUGAAGACGAAAUCACUUCGCUUUCUCUUUUUGAUAUUUUUGAAACGAAACAUUACUUCUUUAUACCGAAUAUCACUUCUCUACAUCGUACCCUGAGUAAUAUCACCAUCACAGGAAUGCACAAUUUUCAUAGUCACUCGUUCGCUGAAAAUUUCGGUCAAACUACCAGCACUCUGACGAUUAAAGAUGUUCGAGGAACCACUAAUUUACAUUACGAUGGUCGAAAUUUUACAAUUUUUCCAUUAUACUUCGAGGUGGAUUGCAUUUCGAUAACGGUUCUUCGAAAAGAGCAAAGUAUCAAUGUGACUGCGCACAAUUACACGGUUAUUGAAACCAAAAUGAACGUCUCGUUGACAGAAUAUCAGUCCAAGUGGGUAAUGGAGGGAAUUCAAUUGGCGAUUGCUUCUUCGAUAAUGCCAUCGUUGAAAUAUUACAGAAGCAGGAAUGAUUCGGCCAAUUCACUCGAAGAACACCCGAUUUUAAAAAUAAGCACGAAAUUAUCUCAGCAAUUCGAAGGUAGCACGAUACAAAAACUGUAUGAUACAUGGAACAUAACGAUACCUGAAAGCUUCAAUGCAGAAUCAAGUAUCCAAAUAGAAUCAAACAUUUACAAUAUUUCUAUCGAUGCUAAACCGGAAACAGCAUUAAGACCGUAUCCAGAUUGUAUCCAAUGUUGUCUCUACAGCAACUUGCAGUUCCACUACACAAUCCCUUCUUGGCUCGGGAAAAUCAGCGUGCUCAAUACCACUCACGAAUUCGACGAAAUUGAAUUCCGAAUGGGGAGAGUUAUCAUCGUGCUAGUCAAACAAAAUAAUACGAACGAUUUCGAAUUAUUAUUGCACACCUCUGUAACAACUGACGUAGAACUGCUCUCAAAUCCAUACAAUUUCACACAUAACGAGCGAUUGGAAAUAGAACAAAAAACGCAACAAUUGAUUGUUUCAUUUAUUGAGAAAACAGUCCCCCUGUUUGCAAGACCACCGCUUUCUUCACCAUUAGACCACUGUACCUCACCAGUUAAAAUUUUCGACGACUUCCUGCCUUUCUACGCCGAUUACGAAUUACCCUUACGUGUACCUAAUAGCACGAUAUCGAAAAUAAACAACGUAAUAAUCACACAGUGGACGAAAUCAUCCAUCGCUUCUGUCUGGUUUAACCAAGACCGUUUCAAUGGCACCGUGAAGUUAUCGACAUCCGUUGAUUUAGAAUUUGCAGAGGCUAAAAUUGGCAUGCAUUUUAACGAAGAACCAUUUUAUAAAAGGCAUUUAAUAUUGACUACUUUAGUAAUACGAAAUUACACAGAUGAAGGAGAGAUAGCAGUGGGUUUAAAUUCGAGUCCGUUGGAUUACGUUCCUCAAAACAAUAAAACGGUCACUUUUUCUAUUCCGGAAAUCGUCUCUAUUGACAUGAAAUUACGAAGUAUACUUGGCGAAUGUUUCAAUAAUCUUACCAGUAUCGUUUUUUAACAUAAUUUUUAUUACUAUCGUAUUAUUAAUUCUGUGCCAAUUAAACUAAUGAAAUUCUUUUUUA